CUGACGGAAGUGUCCGGAGUUGUUGCCGGAAGUGGGAAGAGAAAGGUUGUAAUGGCGGCUGCGGCUGAAGUCCAGAAGGUGCCGGUGGACAGCGCCGAGGAAGGGGCCCUGACGGCAGCCGAGGAGCUGGCGGCCCAGAAGCGCGAACAGAGACUGCGCAAAUUCCGGGAGCUGCACCUGAAGCGGAACGAAGCUCGUAAGUUAAACCACCAGGAGGUUGUGGAAGAAGAUAAGAGACUCAAGUUACCGGCAAACUGGGAGGCCAAGAAGGCUCGUUUGGAGUGGGAGCUUCAGGAGGAAGAAAAGAAAAAGGAGUGCGCAGCCAGGGGGGAAGACUAUGAGAAAGUGAAGUUGCUGGAGAUCAGUGCAGAGGAUGCAGAGAGGUGGGAGAGGAAAAAGAAGAGGAAGAACCCGGAUCUCGGAUUUUCAGAUUAUGCUGCUGCCCAGCUACGCCAGUAUCAUAGGUUGACCAAGCAGAUCAAGCCUGACAUGGAGACGUAUGAGAGACUGAGAGAGAAGCACGGAGAAGAGUUUUUCCCGACAUCCAACAGUCUGCUGCACGGCACACACGUGCCCUCCGCGGAGGAGAUCGACAGGAUGGUCACCGACCUGGAAAAACAAAUUGAGAAGCGAGACAAAUACAGCCGGAGACGUCCGUACAACGACGAUGCAGAUAUCGACUACAUUAACGAGAGAAACGCCAAAUUCAACAAGAAAGCCGAGAGGUUCUAUGGGAAGUACACGGCCGAGAUCAAACAGAAUCUGGAAAGAGGAACAGCUGUUUAACCCCUUCAGGAACUGUUUUAUAAACUUGGCCGUGGGGCGGAGGUCUCUGCCACCAGAUUGAGUUUGCUGUGAACCCAGAACCUGGUCUCUGCCUUCCCACUCAGCACUUAGAAAUAAAUGUUUUUUCUUAAACAUACAUGUCCAUGUAUAUUUCCACAUUUUUGUGCUUGGAUAUGAGAUGUAUUUCUUGUAGUGAAGUUAUUUUGUAAAAAUAUACUUUGUAUAAAUCCUAAUUAUAUUUUUUAAUGUAUUUUAAAUGUAUAAAACUGUUCAAUCCCUGAAGCAUUUUGGGUUUAAGAUUGCUGGUGGGGCCAGUGCUGUGGCAUAGUGGGUAAAACCGCCACCUGCAGUGCCAGCAUCCCAUAUGGGCGCCGGUUCUAGGCCCAGCUGCUCCACUUCUGAUCCAGCUCUCUGCUGUGGCCUGGGAAAGCUGUAGAAGAUGGCCCAAGUCCUUGGGCCCCUGCACCCGCUUGAGAGACCCAGAAGAAGCUCCUGGCUACUGGCUCCUGGUUUUGAAUUGGCAAGGCUCUAGCCGUUGAAGCCAACUGGGUAGUGAACCAUCGGAUGGAAGACCUCUCUCUUUCUGCCUCUCCUUUUUUCUCUGUGUAACUCUUUGAAAUAAAUAAAUCUUUUUAAAACAAA